UUGAAAUAAAGUUUAAAGCGGCGCGUUUGAAGAGAAGCGCGCGCAGGAAGCGGCUCAGCUGUAUUUCUGUUGGCUGAGUGCAGACCCUGCCCUGAUUGCCUUAUAUCCAUGUCUAUUGACGUGUAGAGAGCAGAUGGAGGCAGAGGGACUGAUCUGAUCUCUAGUCCUCAGAGGUCAUUCUCGCUACAGUUACAGCCACUUGUUGCCAAAUCGCUCCGAGAGCGCGAGCGCGUCGCGAAACCGUUUUCGAAAAGAGCGAUUUAUUUGCGUUCGCGGCACACUUCUAGAUGUUAAGACUGGACUACAACCACUUCUGACUUUGUUUGGGGAAAAAGGUCACUUUUGAGCACAUUCGUCGCAUUUGACGGGAGAAGCAUGGUUGACAACACAAGCAUAGCGACUAAAUCUGCACUGCAAGCCGCGUUCUCGUCGGCGAGCAGCCUUCCUCUGCUGGUCAGCUCCCCCGGCGCGCACGGUCAGUCGGGCGGCGGUGGCGGGAUGAAGCUGGAGGCGGUCAUGGAGAACCUGCAGCGGCAGCAGGCGGCUCGACUCGCCCUGGAGGAGAAGCUCCGCCAAGCCGAAAAGGAGAAAGACAUCAGGUCUAUGGUAGAGUCACAGAUUCAACAGCAAGCUCUGGCAUUCCGCCACUACCAAGCAGCCGUCAGGGGAGCGUUCGCCGCGGGAGUCCCGAACUCGAGCUCCGGGCACCCGCUUGAGCGCAGAGCCGAGUCCGAUAUCGAUGAUGAAGAUGAUGAGGAUGACGACCCGGAGCUGGACCGCGGCAUGGACGAUGAAGAGCGCGACAUGGACGAAGAUGACAGUAUGAACGAGGGUGGAGGGGAUGAAGACUUGGAAGGACCCCUUGCUCAUUACCCACCUCGCCACGCUGUUUAUCCAGGUGCCGGUCAGAGUCCAAAAAGUACCCCGAUACAUCUGUCCAGAGUCCAACCUCCGUAUCCAGCUCCCAGACAGGCGGAAUCGCCGAGUGCUUUGGCUCCACAAGCGCAGUCGCAGCACCACGAAUGGACUUAUGAGGAACAGUUCAAACAGUCAGGCCAAGGCAGCGGGCCAGGGAGGAAGCUGAAAGAUUCGAGUGUUGCUUUCGGUGGCGGUGGCUCUUCGUCUCUGAUUCAGGAGCUGUACGAACUAGACGAUGAUGAGAAGAGGAAGGAGUUUCUUGACGAUCUCUUCAGUUUCAUGCAGAAAAGAGGGACUCCAGUGAAUCGGAUUCCUAUCAUGGCCAAGCAGGUGUUGGAUCUCUACACUCUCUACAAGCUUGUCACAGAAAAAGGCGGCUUAGUGGAAGUCAUCAAUAAGAAAAUAUGGCGCGAGAUUACCAAAGGCCUGAACCUCCCUACCUCCAUCACCAGUGCGGCUUUCACUCUCCGAACGCAGUAUAUGAAGUACCUCUACCCUUACGAAUGUGAAAAGCGUGGGCUGAGCUCUCCCGGGGAGCUGCAGGCAGCUAUCGACAGCAACCGUCGUGAAGGGCGGAGACAGAGUUAUGGCUCCACCCUCUUCAAUUACUCCCCCGUGGGCACCCCGACACUGCUGGCAUCCCCAAAACUCCAGAUGCCCCAUAUCAGCAUGCCCACCCCUAAUGGCGGACACAUGACCCAGACCCCCGGCAUCAAGAAAGAGGACUCUAUGCUGUCCAGCUGCCUGACGAACAGGGUGGGCAUCCCCAUGUCUCUGGCUGGGCAUCACAGUGCGGCUCAGGCGGCAGCAGCAGCAGCGGUCCAGGCGGCUGCUCUGGAACAGCUGCGGGAGAAGCUGGAGUCUGGAGAACCACCAGAGAAGAAGGUGAUGCUCAUGGCGGAGGAGCAGCAGAGGAUCAUGCAGCACGCACUGCAGCAGAACCUCUUCGCCAUGGCCACACAGCUGCCCAUGAACAUUAAGCUCAACAACAGAGAUGAUAGACAAGAGACUGCAUUGAACCUGUCUACCAACGGCAUUAGCAGCAUCAACAUGUCAAUAGAAAUAAAUGGGGUUGUCUACACAGGGGUUUUGUUUGCCCGUAAGCCAGCCAUUGGCUUCAUGCCCAGCAGCCAGCGAGUCCAUCACCAACACAGCUCUCAGGGAAAGAGCAACAGCCCGGGGCUCAGCAGCCACAUUCAGCCGUCCUCCUCUGCCUCCUCCAGCGCAUCCUCACACGGACCAGCCACCUCCCCAUGAGCCUCAUCCCGGCCCACAACACCUCACUUCACUCACUCUCCCCCACCGGCCGGCUGCAGACAAGGCAGGGUCUUUAGGUCAUUCUGUUGGACCACUUAUUUCUGUCUCCUUCAAUGUACACUUUUUACUGUUUUUUAACCCUCCCUCUGCAAAUUAGGACAGGAGCGUCCAUCACCCCAAAAAAAACUUCCAUUAAAACAGCUAAUAGCCGCACAUUUAAAGUGUGUUACAUUUACAUAUGCAGCGAGUUGCAGCUUUUUGUUUUUUUCUAAGGACGCCGUAUUCAGUGCGGAGCCACUAAACUGCGUGACAAUGCCAUGAACACAAGAAGCGCAGUGAUGCUUCAGAGGACGGGCACUGACCUGCUUCCAUCUUCACUUUCCUACACAAUCCUGAAUUUUUUGGCACAGGAGUCCAAACUCUUCUUCGCCUUCACUUGUUGCAUUCUUGAAACAAACAGCAAGAGCUACUAUCAGCUAUUACCAAAGAGAAUAAGAGCAACGUAGUAAUGUUUUUUAAUCCACUUCAUCACACAUAUCUGAUGUCAUUGCAAACUAUCAGUCGCCAUAGUUACAGUAAUUAUCAAGCGUUUCGAUUUGAAUCAAAGCACAUCCCAUUUAACUUGGGCAUCAAAUCGUCAGGGAGAAAAAGUUAUUUAAUGUAUUAUUGUCACACCCGUUUACGAGACUGGGAGAAUCAUAAAUGCUUGCCGGAUGUGCAAGAUGUAUAGCUUGAUAUUGAAGAAAGCAGACAGGAUUAUGUCUGCUCUCGUGACUGGUUUUGGCCUGCGGCCGUGGCGAAAUAUAUUCCAUUGAUUGGUGAGUUAUUUGGGGAACACUUGUCGACAAUGUUUAAAGGUUUUCCAGCACCUCAGCUCGUGUUUUAUAGCAAAGUGUUCAUUGAAUGGUUAGAGUAGACGGGAAAAACGGGUCACACCAGUUAAUACAGGUUUCAGAAGUCGGGGGUCAAAAGAUAUUGUGACAUGUGACUGAGCUGGACGUUGAUCAACUAGUUGAGAGGCUCUUGAGAAGAAGAUUAUGUGGUGUGAAUAGGCUGAAUGUGGCUCAUCGUAGGCAUCAGUUCAUCAGGCAAGAUCUCUGUUGUGAAUAGAAUUCAUUUUUCAUCAAGUUUUCAACAAUGCACUUGCAUUUGAGAGUUCACCUCUCGUCCUUUAUUCCAUUCUCCAUUUUGUUGUGUUGCUCAAACACUUUCUUUUCCCCUCUCUUUUCACUUGGCAGAGAAAUGGGAGGAUGUUAUUGUGUCAUUUUCUUUUUAGAAUUCAGUAGAUGAUUUCAAGUUGUAUUUAUUAUUAUUACUUUUAUUCUCUUGCUUUCGUGUCGAACCUUGGGCUGCUUUCAGCAACAUCGCUUUUAUUUAACAAAGAAAAGAAAGUCAUGUUACAGCCCAAUACCUCACAAAUCCUGCAAACCUGUACACGGAUGAUAGAUUAUGAAAACAAGAUAUACCUCAUUUAUUUCAUUUCUCUUAUUUUUAUUGUGAAGCCACUUGAAAAAUGAUGUUUUUUCAACAAAUCACUGGAUUAUUCUUUUUUUUUUCUUCUAUUUGUAUUGUUUUACCAAAGAAGGGAAUAUAUAAUGAACACACAUCUACCUCAUUUGUUAUAGACUGUGCCAACAACAUAAUCACAGCAGCCAGUUUUUAACCAUAGCCUUUCUGGUCCAGAUUCCCUCACGCCUGUGUGAACCAGAGGCUGGAGAACACUGGGUUUCACAGCUUCAUCUGCUUUGCUUGUUUUUCUUUGUCAAUCGCAUUUUUAUGCAUGGGAAAAUAAACUAUCAGAAGGAUUCUAUUUUAUGUAUACAGCUGGUCAGAUCAAUGUUGAUUUGAUCGAUGUUCAUUUGUACAGUAUCGAUAUUUGUUGAAUCAGAUCUGAAAUUCAUCUCUUGAAACAUAUCUUAAGUUAAAGGGUUAGUUCACCCUAAAAUGUUUAUUCUGUCAUCAUUUGUACUCAUCCUCAUGCCGUUAUAAACCCGUAAGAGAUUCUGUUCUUCCUAAAAACACAGUUUAAGAUAUUUGUAUUGUAUUGUAUUUACAUUUAGUCAUUUAGCAGACGCAUUUCUGUCCAAAGCAACUUACAAAAGAAGAGGCAUUCAGCAAUUCAACAAGAAGGGGCAAUACAUGUUAAUAUUUAUGUUGAGAUUCUGUUCACCCAGAGCUCUGAUGCCAAAAAACGACAUUGUAAAAUAAAUCUAAAUGUAUCAAGCAGUUUAUUCUAAGGGUUUUGAAGAGGCGUUACUGCUUUAUAUGAUGAACAGAAUUGACUUUGGGCUUUUAUUCAUAUAUUAACAUUGUUCAAAAGCAGAAGUUCUACCUCACCCAAUGCCAGUUGCAUCAGUAAGUUUGCAGCCCUGAAUAUGGAAUUGUGUAAGAUUAGCUGUACAGACUUGGAGUGAGAAAUAACAGAGCGACGUACGAACAAUAACUUGUUUCUUUUGCCAGAUCUUGGUCGAACAACCAAUAACACUUCUAAUAAGACCAGUGGAAAAUCUUAAUACAUUAUUUAAAAACAAUACCAAUAUAUCGCUGUCCACGUUUGACCACUUUAGCAACUCUAAUUAAAGCUGAUAGAUUUAUCCGCAGAGCCUAAAAAAAACAAGCCAAUAGAUGAUUAAAAUAAAUAAACAUGGCAAUACUUCAGGCGCAAAUAAAUCACAAUGCAAUCUUGGAAGGUUUGGUGUUGUAAUAUUAAAUUGGUCAAAGAUAGCGAAUACACCUCUUGAACACAUCCUCUUGCCUGACAAUCAGUUAUCAAUCAUCAUGUUUGGUCAUAUUCUGUAAGCUUCAAACUAUUUAGACAACAUCUUUAUAUCCUGAAGCGUUUAGUUUAGCCUAUACAUUGCUAAUCUCUCUGGUUGUCCACUAUAAGAAGUUUGCAAAUUUAAGAUUAAAUAUGAAGUAGUCUUUAUUGUGCAAACGUUGUAGAUUAAGCAGCUAUUAUAGAGUGUUUUAAUAAUAAUUGUUAUCCAUGCUAAUGUAACAUGUAACCCACCGGUCCUACUGCACCCAACCCAAAUCAGCGAUUUGCUCUAACAAGGAGGCUUAAGACCUUGGCCUUUGGUGUCUGUUGCUAAAGCACUUUUAGAGGUCAGAGGAGUGAGGGUUACCUGCAUAGCACUUUGCUAGCUGGCCUUCAUUACACUCACCCCGAUAAACCUCUCUCCUAUCCCGGACGAGCUCCCACAAGAAUCCUGCGCUCUGAGCUUGGGCAUGGGAGUCGGUUGCUCUAACAUAGCACUUUGCUAGCUGGCCUCCAUUGCGCUAAUAAAUAUACAUAUAUAUAUACAUAUAUAUAUAUAUAUACACACACACACGUGUUACUGGCAUGACAAAAUAUUUAUCAAAAUAUUUCAAUAUAUCAAAAAAAAAUGCCCUAAACAUAUUGAAGUACUUCUAACAGGUGCAGAGUGAUUUCUAAAACAAUAAAUGAUUUAAAGAAGUAAUAAUUCUGAAUGUAAGAUUACAUAAAUGUUAGAAAGUGCCCAAAAAGUGACCACCCUCCUCCCCUUCAUUCCCUUCACUGCUUCAUGCAGCUUCAAAAACUUUAUGAAUCUUUUAUUUUGAAUCAGUGGUGUAGAACGCAUAAGACUUACUCCAACCCUGGCUCAUUCUGAAAACGUAGUCCCAUUGGCUGUUUCUGGAGGCCGCAAAAUCUGUCCCGGGAGGUACGUAUUUUUGCAGUUUUUGUUUUCGCGAAUCCGCGAGAGGCCGCUGUGUGUUAAAAUGUCUCUCGUGAGUGCUGUUCUUUCGUAAACCCACCAGAUGCCGCUGUCGACUGACUGAAUGAUUAAAUGGGCAACCCCCCAAUAGAACGACCCACCGUCCUCCUUCCCUAACCCCAACCAAUUUUACAGAUUGACCCACCCGCUCGCUUACUUCCCUAAAAAAAAAAAAAAAGAAAACCCCUUGAUUUUUACCACGUUUUCGGACACAUCCCCACCCUGUUGUUCACUCGUUAGUUUUAUUUUUUUGGUUUUGUUUUUGUCUUACCUGAUUUCUGGAACUGCUCUUCCCUGGACUUGAACCCGGUUGUGGUCAUCGUCAACUCCUCUUUGCAUCUCAAGUCCGGCGACGUACACGACGAGCUAACUGGACAAACGGUUGCGAUGGGAAAGCCUUCCACAUGGAGGUAAGCGGUCAGCCGGUAAGCGACAAAAGGAACUGCGUCAUACCUCCCCGUAGCAUUUGCUUAAAAAUGAAAUGCAGCCAUACGUACAUCCAGCUAAAUAUUUUGCGGUCUCCAGAAACGUCCGCGGGACUACGUUUUCAGAAUGAGCCUGUGUUGACUUAAUCAGUUUGUCUUCGUGAAUCUUUAAAAGCUUCAGUUUUUGGGUGAAUAGACUUUCAGUUAAAGGACAUGAUUGUAUCAUAUUUUCUGAAAAUGAUUGGUAACACUUUACAAUAUUGUUGUAUUUGGUGAUGUUACUUAAUAUAUUUACUAACAUUAUCGUAAAGUGUGACCAGAUUAUUUCCAUAGUCUGAUUAGCUAGAAAUGACAUAAGGUGGAGCAAAUGAUGACAGAAUUUUAAUUUUGGUGAACAAAUCCUUCAAGCUGCGACCUCAGGCAAGUGUUUCAGCUCACGGUUUGCAGCAGUUCCAUCGAUGCCAGUGUUUGAGUCCUCAUUUCUCUUCACAACCUAAUGUGGCUGUCCAAAAAAAAACAAUUACGUAUUCUAAAUUAAAACGAACUAAAUCUCUUAUUUUCUUUUAAUGGGAUUUGAUGUUGAGACAUGUUCAGAACAGGACUUAUUUUUUACAAAAACCAAAGAUGAGACAAUAUUGUCAGGUUGAUAGUUUCCAACCUCAAAUUGUCAGUCUUAACUUUAACCCUCAAACAGCGGAGAAGUGUUUUGAUUUUGAUCCUGCUGUGGUAAAACAUGAUUAUAAAGCACUUGGGUCUAAAUGUUUUAGAGAAGGCCAAGCUGUUUAUUCAGUGAGUCUCAGCGCACGAAUGGCAAUCUAAGAAUGUAAUCGCUGUUUCUGGAUUUUAGCACAACCUAAGGAGUAAACCUGACCAUCAUGUUGUUGUUGUUGUUGUUGUUGUAUAGGUGCGAGGAUUAAUGGAGAUAUAGAGUCUAUAUUUAUGUGGAAUUACAGAGGGCACAAUCAAUGCACAAUUGUCUGAUUCCUGUUGUUGGAUGUAAUUUACCUCUUGAUCAGCUUAUGAAGAGACUUAUUUUGUCCCAGCAGUGGCACAGUCUAUUCCUUCACAUGACUGUCUGUGGUCUCUUCCCCAAACUGCAGAGAUUUCUAGCGCAAAUCCUGGACGAACUCUGGAGAGAGAAAAAACAUAGUCAGAGCGAUUCCAUAACCAAAGCUUUAACCAAACCACUCUCACAGGCUUACUGAUGACAAUGUAAGAACAUUUGUUCGUUAAACAAACAAGAAAAGACUAUCAUUUUAAUAAAGGUUAAGAAAAAAAAAGAUUCACUCAUGUGCUUAAAGAAUAUCAUGUUGUUUACCUUGUUUAGCUAUGAUGUCAACGAUGCUAUGCUGGUAGAUUUUAGAUCCUAUUAUACGCUGUGUAUGAAGCUUAUUUUCCUUUUAUUCACUUUGGAUAAAUCCAGUGCAUUAUGGGAAAGCUGGAUUGUGGUGCUCAGGGGUUAAAAAAAGAAGAAAAAAAACUGGUUAAAGUUUUUUUUUUUUUUCCGUUUGUUUUGUUUGUUUUGCCAUUGACUUGUAGCAUAAUUAGAAAUAAAGUACUGCUUUCCACUUUAAUGUCCAGUUGAGUUUUUCCUUUUGAUUUGAAAUGAUGUAAUAAAUGUCUUCUUUCAAAAC